AUGGAGUCAUCUACAAAGGGCUCCAAUCAAGCCGAGCCUCCUUUGCCAAGCCCAGACAACGUGACUAGUGAGGCGUCCUUUCCUCCAACCUCCCUCAACGACAUUGACGAGGCCGAGGGUGUGUCAGUUCAGACAACACAGCCCAGUGCGCCGCCGCCACAACCUGCGCCGCUGCAAGCACGCAGGGACCUACAUCGUCCGCCCUCGCUCGCAGCCUUUGAGGCUGGGCCUGAAGCUGAAGCUGAGGCUGAGGCUGGGGCUCAGGCUGUCUCAGACUCCGAGCCCGACUCUCCGCUUCACCUUCGCUCCUCCUCCGUUCACUCUGCUGAGCGCCAGCUCCACCGGCGCCACCACUCCCACAACUCUCUCAAAAACGCCGAGAGCAGCGCUCGUCACCGACGAGAAAGCGGCCGUCACUCCUCCCGUGCCAGCUCACGUGGACCCUCGCGCAAUGCCAGCCUUACUGACUUUAGCACCGUUCAUCAUGGGCCGCCUCAUGCGUCUCAUUCACACCACUACCAUUCCCACCCGCACCCGCACCACGUUCAUAAUCCCGGCCACCGCCACCACGUCACACCCUCCUCUCACACGGUCAAGGGUCGUUUCCAAAUCAAACGCACCGACGAGCGCACCGAUCCAACACCACCCGAGGAUCACGAGUCACAUUCCCAGGAGGUGCAAGGCGAUAAAGUUGACAACCCCACUGCCGCUCCCCAUCCGACCUCGCCAUCACUUCAAACUAGCCCUGCGUCGGCGUCGGCGUCGGCGUCGGCCUCCGCCUUGCCGGAGGUUGAUCCUGCUUUGAUGGCGUCUGCCGAGUCAUUGGCCGUCCCUGUCACGCCACCAUGCUCGCCCAUUGUCGUACAAGAGAGUGAAGACGCCAGCGCCAAUGAGGAAGCCCCACGCCGAAGCCGCUUCCGCAUCUUGAACACCCACGUGUCAGAAUCGAAUGAGCGCCUGAAUCGCGGCUCCAACUUAGAAUCGGACCCCGACUCCGAUGCCGCCUCUGAUGCCCCGACGUCGGAUGCCAAUGACGAUGACAACGGCCUUACCCUUCGUUAUCUGCAGCAAAGGCGGCCCACGGUUCAUAAUUCUGCCCCUGAAGAGGAAUCCGAGGCCCUCUCCGAGCACGCGCAAAACCUCAUCAAUCUAUUUGCACCGCCCAGCAGUGGCGAUGACAUGUCCGUUGCUCACGACAAUGAGGAACUCACUUCACACACCGACCAGGCCAGCGAUGCCCGUGUUGUAGCAGAUGCCAGCCAGUCCGUUAACCACAGUCGCAAAACUGUGCGCUUUGAUGCCGAGCGCAACCAAACAGAAGGGAAUCAUGAGGGUCACAUCUCAGUUCCGAGGCCCUCCUCCAAGAGUACGACUGCAACCCGCUCCCCAAGUCAACGGCGCCGCAUCAACCAGGGUCUGGAUGAGGUUUGCCUCUCCUCAUUGCCCGAUGCCACUCGACGAGCGGAUCUGCACAGCGAUGCCUCUGCUCGUGCCAGCAUCACCCAAGAUUUGCAUCGCGUGACCAAACGGAACGCAACCUCCCACCCCGAUCGGCUCAGUAGCAGUCGUCGUCGAAAUUUGGAGACAAUUCUGCAUAACCGCGUGCAUCGCCGCCAUGUGAAAUCAGACCAACACCACACCGCCGGCUAUCAGAGCGAAGCACAUUUGCCCUUCAACCCCGACCUGGGCCUCGGCCGCUCUCCGCCCGGCAUGAGCGACCUCGAACAAGAGCUCACGCGCAGCAAGUUUCGGUUGGGUACCAUUAGUUUUCUGCUCAUUUUGGGUGCGCUAGCUGCCAUUAUUGAUUACGUCAUCGAGCUGGUCGGCUCGCACCUCGUCAACCUGCGUGGGCGAAUCGCCACCAGUACACAACUCAGCUAUUCGGCUCAAUUUGGCUACUGGAUGCUCUCAACUGUCGGAUUGGCCGUUGCUGCAACCAUGGUAACAUUUUACGUGUCUCCAGCCGCGCGAGGCAGUGGUAUCCCGCAACUGCGUGUGUUCCUGUCGGGGGCCAAGAUGCAGGGCGAAUUCACGGUGCGAACCUUGAUUGCCAAGAGCAUUGGCUUGACUCUGGGCUUGGGUUCAGGGCUUUUUGUCGGCAAAGAAGGGCCUUUUGUUCAUAUUGCCGCCAUUAUUGCCUUGCUGAUGGUGACCUACAUCCCGGCUUUUGAUGAUUUACGAGAUAACCUACCCAUUGUGCACCAGCUCUGCUCUUCAGCGGCUGCCGUGGGCGUUUCGUCAUCCGUGCGUGCUCCAGUGGGUGGGUUGCUCUUCAGCGUCGAGAGUACUUCCGUAUCCUACCAAGUCGAGAAUUUCUGGAAGGGCUUCUUUGCCUCAGCGGCGGGCGCAGUAUUUGUUUACCUCGUGACGGGUGAUCACUUCCACUACAUCGGCACUGAGCUCAAGCUCAACGGGUUUGAUCGCGCUGAGCUGGUCGCUUUCACGAUUAUCGGCAUUGGGGGCGCUCUCCUCGGCGCGCUCUUUGUCCACAUCCAGUCCGUUUUCUUGCGCAUGCGCAAAAGCCCGCGCUUCCAGUUUCUCACCAUCAAAAAGCCCAUCUUCAUCGACACCAUUGCCCUUCUCGUGGCCGUGCUAACGGGCGUGCUGACCUUUGUGACGGGUGACUACUUGCAAAAUCCGCUGCGUGAUACCUUGGAGGAUUUGGUGACCAACCAGACACUUGGUUCAUCACCCAAUGGGCAGGACUACGGCAAUAUCUACUCCACCGAAGUGACCCUGCUUGUCAUCGGCCUAGUCAUCUAUUGCCUUAGCGUCAUGUCCACCACCCUCUUUCUUCCAGUCGGACUGUUUCUUCCCUGUCUUGUGGCAGGAGCUGCGUGGGGCCGCUGCGUGGGCGAGCUCAUGGCUGUCUGGUUUCCGGGACUUCACGUGACACCAGCGGGCUAUGCUAUUGUUGGUGCAGCAGCAAUGGGGGCCGGUGUUACUCGAACCGUCUCUACUGCCAUUAUUGUGAGCGAGAGCGUGGGAUCGGUGGCUUAUAUAGUGCCAGUUGUCUUGGUGGUUUUGUUGGCCAUUGCCAUUGGUGAUCGGCUCAGUCCUUCCAGUUAUGACUCGAUGUUGAUCCACGGCAAGUGGGAUUACCUACCCACGAUCAAGACGGAUGCUGCCUAUCACUUGACUGCGGACGAAGUCAUGAUUCCCUUCAAUCAGCUGCGCUUUGAUCACCCAGAGACUGGCAAGCCGGUCAUCUUGCCCGUGCUUCCCCGCAUAUGCACGUUAGGCCAGAUCAACGAAAUCUUACAAACCCCUUAUGAAGACUUUGAGGAACUGGUUAUCAUUGUCGAUACCCUCGACAACAUGCUUCUACUGGGCACCAUCGCGCGGCACCAGCUGAGUCGAGGCACGAUUCGCUACCAAGAGCGUCAGCGCAUCGACUUCCAGAACCAGAUUGAGGCCGAUUCAGCACCUCGGCCGGGCGACCCCUCUACCACGUCCACCAUGGACUCGGCCAUUGAGGUGCAGCUGAAGGCACACGCUCGGCGAAACAAAACAGUUACUGGCUCCGAUUUAAGCAAUCACUCCACCAUUGGUCGCUCUCGCGAGAACACUCUGAGUCGGAGCAUGGGCACGUUAACCAAGACUGCUCUACGCCGCCGCCUGAACGAGAGCCCCGCAGCCACGUUAACCAGAAAUCUGGGUACCAAGCGGGGCUUGGCCUCGGCCAAGACUGUUCGCAAUUAUCGCGAACUGCAAAUGGCCUACUUUGCCAACCCAGACCAUGGCCGGCAAUUUUUACGGCAGCUGGAGCUAUGUCGCUUGGACCUUUUAUCGCUCGACAUCUUUGAGAUCAAUCCCGCCCCCUUUCAAUGUAUUGGCCACCAUCCCGUGUCCGAAGUGUUGAACACGCUUUAUGGUCUACAUGCUCAAUAUGCGUGCGUGACAGAGUUUGGCAAGCUCAUCGGUAUCAUUACCAAGUCGUGCAUCGUGCGGGCUGUGCGCGAUCUCUCACGGCGCAAGCCGGCCCAAGAUAACCCUCCUCCCGUCGAGCCCGAGCAAUCGGAAACAGCCGAUGCGGCAGUUGGGACCGAGCAGCACGGCCAACAAGUUUUUGUUGAUGGGGAUGGGCUUUCCGUCGGUCCAGAUAUUUUGCCAGAUGCCGACCCUCGUGCGAGCGUGGCAGCGCCGUCAGGGAAACGGCCAAGCGCCCUGUCAACGAAAACUAUCGGAAGCGUGAACAACAACAGCACGGUGUCACCCCUCAUGUCUCUCUUUGACCCCCCAACACCAGCGGCGGUGGAUGAUUCGUCCAAGCAGCCGCACGCGGAAUCCUUUUCCACAUCCCAAUCAGCAGAUUCUUCUGCUGUAGCCCGGCCUUCAGCAGUCGUUGCAUCGGCACGCAAAGCAAAAGAUGAGCCAGAGCUGGAGGCCAUUUCCGAGGCUGUGACGGACUCAUCAAACUCGGCGCGUCAUUCUACCCAAGUGGAGCAGGUGCAGAAGCGUGCGUCAGAGGGCCAAACAAGCGACGCGUCAGUUUUUGUCUUUAACCUCGAUGAUGGUGACAUGCUCAACGAGGAGACUAGCGAUGGUGCCAAUCCUAGUGCACGGGACAGGGGCACAGGGGCAGAGGAUGAUGCUCAUAGUCGAUCGCCCCUCUCUGCUGUUGUGAGCAUGGUCUAGUGGUGCAUCAGAAAAGAGUUUGGCUUUACCUGGGGCUUGCGUGUGACUUUUACGUGCUCGAAAUUCUUAGGCUGUUACGCGUCCUGGUAACGGGGACAUGUUUAUAUUUCCUUCCUUUUUAGACGUUUGAAGCUAGGUAUGCGACUUUUAGCGGUUGUUCUCUCUCUUUCUCUCUUAGUUGAAUGCUUUUUUAGUAGUAGCAAUUGUCACAUGGCUUCAAUGCUACAGAUUUAAAAUCGAGUUAAAAAUGUUG